CGCGGUUCGCCAAGGAACAACCCCUGGCGUGUACACACCUAUCGCCAGCUCUUCGACUUCCUGUCGGCAAACCCGCAUCUCAGGCACCUCGUGCGACGUCUGCGCCUGUGGGUGCAGAUGGAGAACGACGACACCUGGCAGAAGCAGCAACCGUUCUGGGACCCAGGCCUCUUCUUGACCAUCCUGCACUCCCUCCCAAACCUCGAGCACCUCCACCUCCAGAAUGUGCUCCUUGGAGACGCCGCCGACGUGCAGCUCGCGCUGCAGCGUCACCGACCCGUGGACCUCAGAAGCCUGCACGUCGUGCUGCCCCUGCCGAUCGGUCACCACGACAUUCCGGUGCGCUUCUUUGCCGGGCUUAUGCGCCUCUUCUCGUGCGUCGAGGAGCUCGAUUUUGUCGACCUGACAGCAUUCAAGGUCCAGCAGACGGACAUAGAGGACGCUACGCACGUACCCUGGCUGGACCAUAUCGCCGGUCGUUCGCUUGCAAUCGCUGGAGAAGCCUCGGGAGUGUGUCUGUUGAAAAACCUGCAUGUCUGGCCCUCGCUGCUUCUUUUGACGUCGUUCGAGGUGCAAGACGGCUGGCGGUCUUGUGAGUCCGAGGCGCUGGGGCCGUUACUCGAGCUUGUCGGUCCGAACCUCGAGCACCUCGGGCUGGGAAUGCACCUCUUGCCAGGCGGAUGUAGGUACAUGCUGCUCUAUCUGCCGGAAUUGCAAUGCUGACAGCCAAAACGCAGUCAGAGGCGCAGUUCGUGACUGGCACCGCUACGUGUUUUCGCGCUGCAAGAAGCUGCGUUCGCUGGCAUUCUUCCUCAAGAUAUACCCACGGCGCUGCCUCGAGCCGGACUCUUUCGGCUAUGAGGAAUUUUUGCGGGAGGGAAACUCGUGGGGUCCGGCCAAACGGGUCCUAGAGUACAUGCUCCUGAGCGCAGGACUGCCGGCGAAGGACGAUGGGCAAAGGACCGAUGAAGGUGACGGUAGAGCGGACGCCGAGGGCGAUGGUGAGAGCAGCGGAGGAUACAACCUCUAUUGUGGGCCCUACGACUUCACCCCAGGCGCGCUCCGCACUAUCGCAUUGAAGCUAGCCGGGCAUUGCGAUAUCUUCGCCUGCCCGUGUAAGCUCGGGACUAUCCGCGAGGACUGGGCAAUGCAGACGAGGAUGUUUCGGUGGGUCGACGGUGCUCUCGCGCGCUGUCUCAACAUACCAGGGUUUGAGCGCAUUGAAAUGGAGCUCACGCCGAACUCGAACACCGCGUGGUUCAUCAAGGACUGGAAGAACGUCGCCAGGAAGCUCCUACCUCCGUUCUUCCCUAAGACGGCUGACACGGGCAGGCUGCACGUCAAGGAGUUUGCGCGUUGGCCCUAUCGCGGGACGCCGGAUAUCGACGAAGGCACGUUGGAUGACGGGGAUAUUGCUGAAGGUGCAAGUGUUGAGGCCGAGUUGUGACAUAACCACUUUCUUCUAGGCCGCAUCUUGUAUGAGUAAACGUAUACAGUCUAAGUAUGAGCCAGGAUAGUUGGAAAGGAUCAUGGUUUCCUAUGCUGGAGAGUGGGAUCAAAGCUCGCCGAGGAACCGAUAUAAUCUGGAUAGACACGGAUAUAGCGCAAUUGCUAGUAUGCAAGAGAUGCGUACCAACGAUGUAUAAUAUGACAGAUCGACCACAGACAGUCAAAAGCUCCUCUAAAUCACUGAGUUGCCACGACCUGUUGCUUCAUCUCCUCGAACUUGGUACUCUCCGCCUCAGCCUUUUUGAUGUUCUUCAGGAGCUUCUCCUCCAGCUUCUGCAAGCGAUGCUCCAUGCCAAGUACAAGCAGCCAAACCUGCUCGAUGAAUGCCUCGCUUGACUGCGCAUCGGGAGGUGGCGAAGCGUCGAGCGCGGUUUGCAGCUUUGAGGUUGACCAGAUCGCGUGUAGACAGUUCCCGUGGAAGAGAUAUCAAGGCUGUCCUAUAGUGAGUUAUGUUUAUA